AGCAUUGUUUUUGAAUGACGUCACUGCCUGAGAGUAAGAUGGCCGCGUUCUGUCAGUGAACGCUCGACCAGAACCGCCUCUGUUGAGUUCUGAUUACCGAAUAAACCGACAGAUACACGCGUCGAACCGCUCCAUCCACCCGGAGCCGCGCUGAGGAUGGACGGAGUGGAGUUCAUGGACAAUAUGGACCCGACCUUAGCCGAACUGGGCGAUGAGUUUACACUGGGAGACUUCGACGAGAUGCUGCAGUUUGUCAGUAAUCAAGUGGAUUUCCCAGAUCUGUUUGAGGAUCAGAUGGGGGGUGGAUCUGUAACCCCUGUACGGCCCCCUCCACAGAUGGCCCCUAGUGCCAUACUGACCCCCCCACACACACCUGUACAGACCAGCAGUCAGACGCAAACGCGCACGCCACCACUAUUGCAGCCCAGACCACAGCCCAUCACACAGGAGAUGUUAAGCAGACGUGUGGGUCUCAUCACGUUCUCAUGCAGUUCUCUGAACACGUCACAGGUGCAGACGUUUCCUGUGCAGACGCUGGCUGUGCAGACGCAGGCGCAGCCACAGACAGUGAUGAUUACUCCGACCGCUGCGCAAUCACGAUUCAUCCAGAACCCUGUGAUCUGCCAGCAGAACCACAACACAAGCUUCCAAGUGCUCCAUCCACAAAUGCAGAGCAUUGUGACAUCAUCGCAGGUUCAGCCAAUGACGAUCCAGCAUCAGCGUGUGUUGACUCAAGCUGGGCAGACGAUACAGACUCUCGCGACCGCGCCAGCUGCUGUUCAUACAGUGUCACAGCAAGUGCCUGUGUUGGUACAUCAGCCUCAGAUCUUGAAGACGGAUUCUCUGGUUCUGACGACACUGAAGCCGGACGGGACUCAAGUUCUCUCUACCGUACAGAACCCGACCGGCAUCACCACUCUGACCACGCCCAUCCAGACCACCGCACUACAGACGUUGAUGGGCAGCAACAUUCUCACCACUGUUCCGGUCAUGAUGGGAGGAGGAGACAAACUGCCAAUUAAACAGCUGUCAUCGGGCACCACCCAGAGUGGGGGCGGGGCCAGGAUGUCUGUGGAUCAGGGCAUGGCUGUUACCAUGGGAACAGGAGUCGUCGUGAAAGAGGGCGAGAGACGAACGACACACAACAUCAUCGAGAAACGCUAUCGCUCGUCCAUCAAUGACAAAAUUCUGGAGCUCCGCAACCUCGUCAUGGGUAGCGACGCCAAGAUGCAUAAGUCUGGCAUUCUGCGUAAAGCCAUCGACUACAUCAAAUACCUGCAGCAGGUUAAUCACAAACUCCGUCAGGAGAACCUCACGCUGAAGAUGGCCAAUCACAAGAACAAGUCAGUGUGUAUUUCUGAUGAUGUGGAUCUGAAGCCGGAGGUCUCGUUUAUUUCUCCUCCUCCAUCUGAUUCGGGCUCCAGUUCUCCUCCUCAACUCUCACCCUUCUGCAUUGACUCAGAACCAGGAAGUCCUCUGAUGGAGCACGAACAGAUGAAGAGUGAACCGGACUCACCGGCAUCUGUUGGCGUGUUGGAUCGCUCUCGUCUGCUGCUGUGCGCGCUCACGUUUCUCUGUCUGUCUCUCAAUCCUCUGCCAUCUCUGUUGGGUUCAGAGGAGAGGACGAGUCUGUCCGCCGCUCACGGAUCCUCACGCUCGCUCUUCUCUCUGCCCGACCAGACGCAGAACUUCGCGGCGUGGCUGUGGUGUGUGUUGCCGUGGUUUCUGGUGUGGGUUCUGAGCGGAGUGGGCGUGGUUUGGGGGUGUGUCCGGGUUCUGUACCUGUGGGAGCCGGUGACGCCCCUCCACUCGCCCACAUCAGUGCGUUUCUGGAGACACCGCAAGCAGGCCGACCUGCAGCUCUACAGGGGUGAUUACGCGGCGGCGGUCUCGAGUCUGGAGACGUGUCUCUCCGUGUUGUCCAGAGUUCUGCCCUCCACCACCGUCGAAAUCAUCUGCUCGCUCUCCUGGAAUCUGAUUCGCUACUGCCUGCGUAAACCCGCCCCUCUGGGCUGGCUGGUGCGUCUGUUUGGUGGAAAGCAUGAGGGGGAGGAGUCGCAGACGAGUGCGCGGGACGCGGCAUUGGUGUAUCAUAAACUCAACCAGCUGCAGCUCACAGGUAAACUGGAGCGCAUUCCCCUCUGGAGUGUGUGUGUGUCUCUGAGUGCAGUGAAUCUGUCUGAGAGCGCCGAGGGAAAGAUGUCAGUCAGUCAGCAGAUUCAGAUCUAUGUGACAGCUGCCAUCAGUCUGAGAUCAGCACUGGGGAAACAUCUCACCUGUCUGCCCGGUUAUUUAUUGAGCUGUGCCGAGAGUUUGAGCUGUCAAUCAGACUGUAAGCCCCUCCCAGACAGUCUGCGCUGGAUCUUCACGCCAUUGGGUCGUCAGUUCUUCCUGAGCUGUGAUUGGUCAGUGAGGUCAGAGAGCAGUGAGCAGAUUUUCACCUGUCAGAGAGAUGAAGCGGAUCCGAUAGCACAGCUGCACCGCUGCUUCUGUGAGAAACUUCUAGAAAGAGCUGUUCACACACUGAUAGAGCCACAGAGCGGCAAACACACUGAGGAUACUGGGGAGUUCACGGGUGUUCUGGAGUUUCUCCAGUUGUUGAACAGCUGCACUGAAGACUCCGCCUCCACGACCGCCCCCUUCCCUGCGCUGGCCAAUCAGAACACAACACCAGUGAGGGAUCCUGUGUGUCGCUGGUGGGCAUCAGUGCUGAAGGCCACUGUUCAUUGGCUACAGGGUGAUGAUGUGUCUGUGAGAUCACUGCUGGUGGAGGCGGAGCGAAUGCCUAGAGCUCUUCACACGCUGGAUCACCCGCUGCCGAAGGCCGUCCUGGCUCUGUGUAAGGCGGUUCAGAUGAGUGUGUAUCCUCUGAAGGGAGAGGGAGUGUUGAACUGUCUCACACACUGUCAGAGAGCCAGCGCACAUCUACACAUCAGUGUGUGUCAGUCGCACAACACCUGGCUACACAAGGGGGUGGAGCUUCUGGUCUGUGACCUCCUCCUGACUCUGCGAACCAGCCUAUGGCAGCGUGGAGGUGGGUCUAAUGGAGAGCCUGGCCCCGCCCCUGGAUCCCAAUUGGCUGGAUUCCAAAGGGACUUGAGCUCUUUGCGGAAGCUCGGACAAGCCCACAGACAGGCCCAGCACAAGUUGUUCCUGCAUGAAACAACAGUCCGACUGAUGGCAGGAGCAAGUCCGACACGCACACACCAACUACUGCGACACAGAACGCACAACUACACAACAGCAGCAGAUGGCGACAGCGUCCCGGGCGAGCGCGAGAGAGCUCAUGCCAUCCUGCUGGCGUGUCGUCACCUGCCGCUGCCGUUACUCACACCACCGGGUCACCGCGCCCGCCUGCUGGCCGAAGCCAAACGCACGCUGGAGAGAGUCGGCGACCGUCGCUCGCUGCAGGACUGUCAACAGAUACUUCUGCGUCUGGGAGGAGGGACCACCAUCGCCGCUUCAUACACAUACACACACACAUCUGACCUAUGAUGAUCUCAUGCAGAACAAGUCCAGAUCAUAUUUCAUCCCAAAAGCUAAAGAAAAUUAAUUCAUUUUUUAUGGCGUUACUAUUAUUAAAGUUAUAAUAAAAAAUAAGUAGUUGUGUCCCAGCGUCAGAAAUUAACAUUUAAUUAAGAGGCAAUAUUUGCCCCCUGGAUUUGAUAUUCCUUUUACCUUUAAUAAGGGUAUUGUUUACCUUUAAUAAGGGUAUUGUUUACCUUUUAAUAAGGGCAUUUUUUUUUUUUACCUUUUGAUAAGGGCAUUUUUGCUUUUUGUUUUUUUUAAACACAAAAAAAACUGUGUCUCAUGUAUUGACUUUUAAUUUAACCAAUUUUUAAUACAAAUUCUCAAGAUUGAGAAGUUAUUACGUCUUAUCCUAAAAAUUAAAUCAUCAUCAACUUAUAUAACUAGGUCUAAAAUAGAAUAUAAAGAACUAAAUCAGAUGUUACAAUUAAAAAUUAUGAGGGAAUUUUGGCACCAACAUUUUGAUUUUUGGAGGCAUUUUUUGCACUGAGGCCCCUUCAUUUUUGCCCCUGAUGUGUCCAAACUUUGUAUAAACAUUACAGUAAUGAGAAUUUUGCGGAAUAUGCUUAAUUGUCAUGAACAUAAUUUCACAAUGCAAAAAAAACUGCUGAAAAUAGUAAAUUAAAUAAUACAUUAUUUUCUUUUAGCAAAAUAUAAUUUCUUUGGGCUGAAAUAUGAGCUGUUCAUGUUCUUGACAGGUUUCAUGAGAUUCAGUCGUGUAUAGAUACGUUUACUCAUUUAUGAAGAUAAACAGCAUAUAAUAGAGCAGAACACACAGAUCUGGUUCAGCUGUAUGUUAGUGAUGAUGAUGUUAAUAUUAGAUAUGCAUUAGAUUCACUCUUAAUAUACACACAUACAGUUCAGAAACACCUAGUAAAUAAACAGCACGUCUCUGCUGCUACCUCACACACACACACACACACACUGUACAGAACUUUUUAGAGACCAAAAUCUUAUAGAGUUUAGUGAGACACGUAUAUACUGUAAUUAUUGUGCAUCACAUGACGAGUUUACUGCUCGUGUGUCAGUUUCUGAAGUGUUUUGUUUAUUUUUGUCAUUGUGUUUGUGUAGUAUUUUGUCUUUAUUAUUUUAUAUAUUUGGGAACAUUAGAUCAGGACUUUUAUUAUGAAUGAUGUAAAGGACACACAGUAUGGAUAAACUCUGAUGGAAAGAAUCCAGUUGUUAAUGGGGAAACAACAUAAAAAUAAGCUUGUGUAUAUUGUUUGCAGUUUUUAAUAAUUUAAAGUAUUAAAGCUUGUGUUUGGAGUAAAUGUUUUGAACUGGAUUUAACUCUUUCAGUCAGUGCAUUGACAUGCACUCUUUUGUUCACUUGUUUUAUUUCUAUGACUUUGAUUUCUUUUCUAAUAAAACUGUAGAUGCCAUUGAAGAACCAGCA